AACAGCCUCCGCCGCAGGAGUCGGGCGGGCGGGCAAGCGGAGUGGAGCGGAGAUUUGGACUGAGGGAGGCGAGCGGCGAGGAGCGGAGUCCGGGCGAGUGCUGGCUUCGUCGCCUUCCUCUGCCCUCUCCUUCUCUCCCGCCAUGGCGGUGGACGUGAGGCGGCUGGAGGGCCUGAGCCUUCACCAGCUGAACGAGCUGCUGGACGAUGAGGAGCAGCUCCAGAGCAUGGCCAGAGAGAUGGAAGAGGCGCAAAAUGUCCAGCUUAGCAAGGACAUGACUCUCGCCAGCAACCGCAGCCUGGCAGAAGGCAAUCUCUUAUAUCAGCCCAAGCUGGAUGCCCUGAAGGCUGCAUUGACACAAAAAUAUCAAGAACUGCAGGUUAUCUUUGAAGCAUAUCAAAUAAAGAAAACAAAGUUAGACCGACAAUCCAGCAAUGCUUCCUUGGAGACCCUUCUAGCACUGCUUCAAACAGAAGGGGCUAAAAUUGAAGAAGACACUGAGAACAUGGCUGAGAAAUUUCUGGAUGGUGAAGUUCCAUUGGACACCUUCAUUGAUGAAUAUCAGAGCCAAAGGAAACUGGCUCAUUUGCGACGUGUAAAGAUAGAAAAACUCCAAGAGAUGGUGCUGAAGGGACCAAGACUUCCCCUGGUGCCACCACAGCCAAGAGCCACUGAAACACCACCAGCAAUUCAGACUUCAGAGGCAAAUGCUACUCCCUCUGUUGUGCCUCGCCGCAAUCCUCCACCGCCACCCCUGGCGCCCGGAGUCCUGGCAGGACGCUUCCCGACUCCGUUUACAGCAGCAAUGAAUGCGGGACCAACCCUCCCCUAUUCAGGUGUCCCAUACCCUCCACUCCCCCCUCGAACAGGAAUUCCAUCUACUACUCAAAUGCUCCCUCCAGGCUAUUCAGCUCCGUUUACCGCACAGUACCCACCAGCGUUGCCCCAAAGACCACCGCCUCGCCUCCCACCAAACCCUGGCUUUAUCCUACAGUGAAGAUGCCAUCGUGCCCUGACUCUUGUGUUUGGUGCUGGACUUUUUACUCUUUAUCUCCCAACAACUAAACCUAAGUAGUGGAAAUCUCCAGACUUUGCACACAAGAAAUCAUAGCUGACAACCUGUGCAUCAGUGCAUCCUGCAAAACAUCACCAUGUUUUGUUUUGUUUUGUUUUAAAUCAACAACUGCAUAAAACACUUGCUUAGAAGGGUGGUGGGGCAGCCAAGCUGUAAAUUUGAUUGUUUGCAUAUUAAGUGGGAACUUGCAUAGCUCUUAAAAGAGAUUUCAAGUCAGUGUGGAAUGACUGUGACUUCCCAAGGGAUCAUGUUUCUUUCUCUACUUGAUUUGCGCAUGAAGAACUUCAAUCUAUUUCUGCAAAACAAGCAAAACAAAAAACUCUGUUCUGAUAAUUUGAAUGGUAGCUGUUGCAUAUACAUUCUGACUAUGAAAACACAGUAAAAUGGACCAGCCAGCACCCCUGGUGACUCGGUGCUUGUGCUACACAAACUCUUUCUGAAAAUAAUUUUGUAGUUUGAUGUUUGCUAACUGGGGCUUUAGCACCUAAUGCAGGACAAGGUGCUUCUCGUGCUGAACUAAUCCCAUUCAUUUCAGUGAGCUGAUGCCAGUGUAAGUAGGUCCCUAAAUUGCCUUUUUAAAAUGUGUGGUAGGGAUCAACUUUUUUUAAACAUGAUGACCUCCAGAAAGUCUCAGGAUUAAAAAAUUAAAAAUAAGUAGUGAAUGGACACGUUUUUCCUCUUGUUGGAUCUUUGGACCAGAUCCAAAAUUUUAUUUUUUGUUCCAUUGGAUACCUUCUGCAACCUCCCCAUUCUGCUUGCUGUAACCCUUCUCUCUUCAUCAGUCUGUCUCCCAAAUUCCUUCAUUGUGGCAUGUAGGGUAGGGGGUCAUCUUUAAAAGGCUUUUGGGCCUGUAUUGUCUUUUUGCAUUGUGGAGAGCAAAUUCUGUCAAACACACUUUUGUGUGUCAUGACUUCUGACUAAUCUGAUGGGCAGUUAGUUCUAUCAGUUUAUAUUUUCAUCACAUCUUGGUCUUAAGCUAAAACUCCCACCUCAGUGGAGAACCUUAAAUCUGUUUCGUAUUGAGCCAGGAGAGAAUUUUCUCUUCCCUCCACGCCCCUCUACUCUUCCAAACCUUUUGUUUCUGAAAAUUGAAGACCUGCUUCCAUUUACAAACUUUUCUAGACUGACUGCUGCUCUUGAAUGAAUCUUGGCUGUUAGUUUUUUGUAUUUAAUUAACUUUUGCAGUCAUGUGACAGCUUCAGUGUAUUGGAAUUUCAGUCUUGCUUUAGUCCUUCUGGGGGGCUCACUCUUGCUAUUAGAUGGGUCUGACAGAACUCUGAAUAACAGCUAAAUAUGCUAAAUGCAGAGGGUGAAAGAUCAUAGAGGGAUUAGCACACCAAUUUCACAUCAUUGCUCAUUGGUGUGUUUGAUUGAUCUCUCAUUUUAAUAAGUGUGGGUAGCUCUAAAAUGAAUAAUGUUUCAAGAGGGAUUGGAGAGGGACAAUUGUUGUUGAGUUCAGUAGGAAAUGGUUCUGAGCCUUAAUUUUUGCAGGGGAAUCAUCCACAUUCCAGGUCAAGAUAACCUUGUUGAUGACUGUCUUUGUAUGCUCUUGCAUUCUUCAGCAUAAAACUAGCAGAAGCUUAGUAAGAAGCUGAUGGAGAGGAAAAAAGAAAAAUCUUUUGAGGUGUGAUAGAGGUAUAGGGUUGAAUACACAGACAGUAGUAGUUAAGGCACAAUGUAGUUAGAGCAGAGUAGCUACUUCCACUCUCAAAUGUUUCUGUUACCAGUUUCUUGCAGGAGUAGUUUGUUCUAUACGAGGCUGUGAAAUUAGUUGAAGCAAAAUGCAGAUUAAAUUGCUGCUGCUCUUUCUUUGUAGUCAGCAGGAUUGCCUUGUAUGCUAUUGAAUGGUCUAUCUCAAGGUAGUUGGAAUAAGUGUGAUUUUCAUAAAGGAAGCUCCUCCUCCAGUCUUGCUGCAGGUGUCCUGCCAUAAGCAUGAGCCAUGGUUGAGUUUGUGUUGCAUUCAGACCUGGGCUUAGAGCUUGCCAGGAGCAAGAUUUGUAGCCAAGGCUUGUUCUCUGGUUUACUGCUUGUGGUUUGUCUGGGCAAAAUAAACCACGAGCCCAGAUUCAGAUGCAGUGCAAAGUCAUAGCAUUAUACCAUCUUCCUCCAUUUCCUCCCUCUUAACCGAGCUAGGAAAAUAGACCGUGAGAAUACUAGCUAUGAACGCUGUUGAAGUGGAUGAGCAAGACCCCCAAACUUGUGUGUGCAGUGUCCAUGCACUAAAGAAAAUUAUAUAGGCUGUAGAAGUAAGAAGAAACUUGACAUUUACAGCUACAGCUACUUUAAUUCCAAAUUAAGUAAAGUGUGUGUGUGUGUGUGUGUGUGAGAGAGAGAGAGAGAGAGAGAGAGAGAGAAAAUCUGCAUUGGACUUCAAUAAUUUGUGGCAGGAAAACAUGCUUCAAACUAAUUUGGGGCAUUGUGCAUCUUGACUGUGAAGAACAUGGAAGCGAAACAGUUGCCUUCCUUAAAGCUACUGCAGCGACACUGUUCAUUUCUAUCAGCUUUUCACAAAGCAUGUAUUUCUCACAGCUCAAGAGUGCAAGGAGGAAAGUGUGCACAUCAAUUAGCAACCUGCCUUAACUGUUUUACUGUGGAAGUCUCAAGCAGGCCUGCUGCUAUUGCGUAAUGCCCUUUAAAACAUACUUUAAAAAACCCAAACCAAGCUGCAGUUGCCAAUCUAGACCUCCUUAUGCACCCUCCAGCUUUCUUUCUGCCACUCCCCCCCCCCGGUAUGUCAUCCUAGUCUGCAACUGGUGCCCUUUUUGUUAGGACAGGAGCUAAUUUUUUGUCAGCUUUGCAAAACAUAAAAUGGCCAUAAGAAACUUUAUAUUGUAUCAUAUUUACAUUCUUCUGAUCUCUGCCCCUUUUGGGUAAGCUGGCUAAAAGAGCAAAAUGCAAAAACUUUUCAGCCUGGAAGCCUCUUUCUUCAAGCCAUAAUCUUCUGUUGGAAGAUAAAAGAUGAAACAUGGGAAAUCCGUGUGCAUUUGUGCCCGUCCUUGAACUGCCAUUUUUUCUGUUAGAGGCCAUUCACACUUGCCUUGGAACAGGAUAUCCUCUUCCCAUCUGGCUGUGGGACUCUGAGGCUAAUUCUGCCAGGACCAAGAUUUUGGUAAAUCUUGGGGAAUUGUGAAAUUCUAGCUUGAUGUAGUAAAAAUGGUUUCUAGGGUCUAAUCAGAUAUGGGCUUUUAGUAUUCCAUGGAUGACACAAGAUCUCUUUUUUAAAAAAAUGGUGACAAAAGUAUACCUGUAUUUGCUGAAUUCUGUAUCUAUUAUAAUUUUAUUUGGGCAUGGUAACUUGAGUUUUGCCUUUUUCAUUUUCAUUUUCUGUGCUGCUUAUUGUGUGUGGAAUAUGAACCUUCAGAGGUUGGUGAAUUUGAAAAGUUGGUUCCUUUAAUCAUCUGUUCAUAAUUUUUCUUGUAAAGGAUGCUUCUUGUGCACUCAGAAUGCGCAUGGGGGACUCCUGUGAGUCACUUCUGUGUCCUAAAAAAUUAAGGGGACUGAAUGAGUAAGACGCAUGACUUAAUCCUAGACAGAGCCAUGAACUGAAACUUCUGAAACAGCCUUUGAAUAAUUGGUCUGUGUUUCAAAUAAGUUGUCUGUUACUUGUUCAGAUGAGUAAUUUGAAUGCCUUUUGGGGUGCCAGAGUGGCUUGUGAAGGCCAUUCCAUGGUUGUAACGCUACUUAAAUUUGAAGAUCUGAUUAAAAAUUCUCCCAGAAGUUCAGUCUUGGGUGAGUCUUUGAGCCAAUCGUGUUACUCAUUCAGCAUGAUGAUAAGUCGUCCUUUUUCCAGCAACCAGAAUACAAACACUGGAGCUAAUAUAGCCAUCUUUUUCCUGCUGCUUCUGAGCUCAUAUUCGAGUGCCUAAGUGACAGGCAGACCUCUGUUUGCUGCUAUAACUCUGUCAGUUGCCCCUCGAAUUAGACACAAUGUAAGUACCAAUUAUGUCUGCCCACCCCUUCAAAAAUAGGUUUUGUUUAACAAUAGAAAUUGGUUGUUGGUAUACUGUUGGCUAUCUUUAUUCCACCACCAUCCUCAGCAUUACAUACUCAAAAGAAAAAACUUGAGGCAAAUGUCUAAAUUGAGGUAGAGAUGUUGAUCAAUUGAGGCAGAGGCAUCUUACGUUUAGAUAGCGUGUGCUGGGCUGGUGGUAGAAUUACUGGCAUUCUCACAGAUUCUCCAGGGUUAAACUGGUUGGUGUGACCUUAGCUGAUAGCUUCAAAUGUGAGCCAUCAGUUAAUAGUCUGGAUGCUGCAAGAGCAUCCUUUGUGCGCAACAGAGGAGGCCACAAGCCCACGUACAAAUUUCACAAAACAUAUUUAUAUACUUUUUGACGUGUUUUUAGACAAUGAUUGUCCCUAUCAAGAAAGAACCCCAAAGCCUGUUACUAGUUUUUAAAGAAAUUUUGCCUUUUAAAGCAGCAACAAUGUAUUUUGCAAUUGCUGGGCCGUUCAGGGUUUCCUCAUGGAGAAGACAACCACACUACCAGCAACAAAAGUGGACUCUCUCCGUCUCCAGCAGCAGUGCAUCAUGGCUGAUGUGUGCCUUAGGAUCACGGUUUGUGACUUGCUGAUAGAAGAUACCUGCAUCUCUUUCAGUUCAGUGGCCAUUCAAUUGUCUUUUUCUAAGGGCUCCUUUUUAUGAUGCAGGACUUUGAAAGUAAACACAAGGCAGUAUCUGCAGUUUGCUUGUGGCGAGAAGUGUAGAUUUGUGGUUGGCAACCGUUGUUACUAAACUGCUGCAAUCGAGGAAAAGGUGGGAAGGGCUGAUCCAGUAUGAUGAUUCAAGCCUGCCAGAAGAACUUCUGUUUGUCUUAGAUGUGGCAGUUAAAGGAGGAUGCUGCAGGCAGCAGCCACCUGGGGCUGUGCAGGGGGAGGAGGGUGUUGCAGUUGUGGCUUAGGGGUUAUUGGUUGGCUGGUGCUACAGUGGAACACUUGUCAUUGUGUUCAAAAUGGUGGUAGCAGGAAAUGCAGUUGUUUAUUGUGCAAGACAUACUUUCAAAUGUUUGUAUCUGCAUGAAUUCUGGAGCGCAAUAUCUCUCGUUCCCUCUUGCUUGGUGGAAGUCCAAAUGUUGUUCAGCAAAAUGUUGGGGGAUGAGCACAGAAAGGAAGCUGUCCUGUGAGGUCCUGUGAAUGCAGUGCCUCGUACCAGACAACACUGUUGGACAUUUCUUCUGAUUAAGUGGGACCUGAGUGGAGAUGAAACCAAAGGAGUCGGGUGCAAAUGGAUGAAUGGUUUCUUCCCCAAUACUUCAUGAACCUCCUGCUUGCACCCUGAACCUGCACCCCACUUCCUUCUACUCUGUAUUCAUACAGAAGGAAGUAUUGCAUGUGGGGCUUGGCCACCAGCAACCAGUUGUGGGGCGACAAAGGUGAGAAUGGCAUUUGAAUGGGAGGCACCCCACUGUGGGUGGGGCUUGUUGAUCUGCAGGCCACCUUGUGAACAAGUGUUAAGAAAGCAUUCCCCCUUUAUAGACUUGAUUCCAGUACAGUAGUGGCAAAAGAUUUAGGAGCAGUCUGGUUAUAACCUUGUUCAAAACACUUCGACAUAUGACUUCAAAAUGCCUGCAAGUGGCAAAUGUUCCCUGAAAACUUUACAAGCUUUUUUUUUUAUAAACAAAAGCAUUUGAAGCUCAGAAGUUUAAAUAGUGUUAGAAUAUAAACUGUUUUAGUGUUCCAUUUCAGAUAUUAUUUUGCUGACCUUUGUGUAAAAAAUUGCAAAUGUGUUUUUGUUCAUUAUACCUGUAUUGUGCAGCUAGUGAUGUUUUUAAAACAAAAACAAAAAACCACCCAUUGAACAUACACUUUUGUGAGCUGAAGAAAGCCAUACUCCCUUGGCAGGGUUGUGUGUGUGUGUUUUGGAGAGGGGAUAGCCACUUUUUUAUACACAACUGUCUUAAUUGCCCUUUCUAUAAGAGUAUACACAUGGAGGGAUGUCUGCUGUAAAGGGGAAUUUCACAGUGUACUUGCUUGACAUUAGCCCAUCCCUAUUUCGAAAUUUGUAUAUAUUGUGGGGAAAGUAUAA